AUGUCCUUUCUUUUUCUUUCCUUUUCUUUCAUUUUUUUCUUUUUCUUUGCUUCUUUUUCUUUUAAUUUUAUUUUCGAUUCUUUUAAUUUCUCUUUCUUUCUUUUUUUUUCUAUUUCUUUCUUUUACUCAGUUAAUUAUUCUUUUUCUUUUUUUUUUUUUCAAUGUCCUUUCUUUUUUCUUUCCCUUUUUCUUUCAUUUUUUUCUUUUUCUUUGCUUCUUUUCUUUUUAAUUUUAUUUUCGAUUCUUUUAAUUUCUCUUUCUUUCUUUUUUUUUCUAUUUCUUUCUUUUACUCAGUUAAUUAUUCUUUUUCUUUCUUUUUUUUUUCAAUGUCCUUUCUUUUUUCUUUCGCUUUUUCUUUCAUUUUUUUCUUUUUCUUUGCUUCUUUUUCUUUUAAUUUUAUUUUCGAUUCUUUUAAUCUCUCUUUCUUUCUUUUUUUUUCUAUUUCUUUCUUUUUUCAGUUAA